AUGUACAAAGAAUUCAUGCAGGAAUACAUCGACCUAGGUCAUAUGAAAAUUGCAAGUUUAAGCAUUUCAAGACCGAGAUAUUAUAUUCUGCGCCAGCCUGUAAUCAAAGAAGAAUGCGUUUCAACAAAAUUAAGAGUUGUAUUCGAUGCAAGUUCAAAAACCAGUAAUGGACACAGCCUUAAUGAUAUCCUCCACACCGGUCCGAAAUUGCAACAAGAUCUCAGAGAUAUUCUAAUCAGAUGGCGAAAACAUAAAAUUGCAAUGACUGCAUACAUCGAGAAAAUGAACAGGCAGGUGAAAUUAGACAGCGAAUAUCAACUAUUACAUUCGAUACUUUGGAGGAAAAACAAGAACGAUUCUAUACAAACUUACGAGUUAACCACAGUUACCUACGAUACGGCACCAGCAGUGUUUUUAGCAAUAAGAACAAUGGGACAACUGGCUUAA